AUGGCUGCUUUGGACGUCAACAGCAGCCAGAGCAACUUUUUGCAACAUGAAGACGGCGCGGGCAGUCAGACUACAGAUCAGACAUCUGCUCAGCUUGCAGUGUCUGAUAAAUGGGAGGUGCUAGCCCCUAACACGGGCGCAAAGGAUGACCCUGGUAUGAUACAGAUUCAAGGCCAAGGAAUAUUAACGUCAAACGGACAGUACGUUCUUCCUCUCCAGAGUUUGCAAAAUCAGCCAAUAUUUGUGUCUUCGGGAAGCGACACUGCCUCUGCCAGUUCAGUGCCUAACAUUCAGUACCAAGUAAUUCCUCAGAUUCAGACGACAGACGGACAGUUGAGCUUCGCCACCACGGGCAUGGAAGGAGCGAGUCUGAGUCAGGAUGUGGCUGGGCAGAUUCAAAUUUUGCCUGAUGGUAGCCAGGGUCUCGGUGUAACAUCCACUGCAAGCAUCCUUCCGAACAACCAGAACCUCAUAUCACAGACUGGAAAUAUCCAACAGAUCCAGGGGAUUUCUAUUGGCGGCUCUGCAUUCAACAACCAGGGUCAGGUUGUUACUAAUGUGCCUGUGGGUUUGCCAGGGAACAUCACUUUUGUUCCUAUUAACAGCAUAGACUUAGACGCGCUCAGCCUAUCCGGAGCCCAGACGAUAGCGACGGGCGUCACUGCCGACGGCCAGCUAAUCAUGGCAAACCAACCGGCGACUGGCUCUGAGAAUCAGGAGAAGACAGUCGACCCCCUCUCACAAACUCUACCAGUAAAUGACACCAACCCUGAGCUUUUCGUGCCGACGUCUUCCUCACACCUACAAAAUCCCACCAGUGAAGCGAGUCUCCUGACCCAAGACGCCACAUUGUCGACCGUGGCCACACAGCAGUCCGACUCAACCGCCGGCCUCCAACAGGGCUUCAUCCACCAGACCCAAGAGCAGAACACCCAAGUGACAUCCACUCAGCCUAUCGUCCAGCUGCAGCAGGUGCCGCUGCAGACCACCAACGGGCAGGUAGUCCAGUCUUUGGCUACGGGCGGCCAAGGCGUGCAAAACCUUCAGCUGAUCAACCCUGGGACCUUCAUCAUCCAAGCCCAGACGGUGACUCCGUCAGGCCAGAUACAGUGGCAGACCUUCCAGGUGCAAGGUGUCCAGAACCUGCAAAACCUUCAGCUUCCCACCACAGUCCCUCAGCAGAUUACUCUGGCUCCAGUCCAAACCCUCUCACUGGGUUCGGGUUCAGUCGGCACCAACUCUGGGCAGAUCCCCAACUUACAAACAGUGACCGUCAACUCGGCGACACAACAGGAAGGAACUGCAGACACAACUGAAAGUACGUUAGAUGUCCGGAUAAAGGAGGAGCCAGAAUCGGGAGACUGGCAGCUAAGCUCUGAUUCAACCCUUAACACCAGCGACUUAUCCCACCUUCAGGUCAGGCUGGUGGAGGACGAAGAUUACAUAGGUCUGGGAGGCAAGCGGCUGCGAAGGGUGGCGUGCACUUGCCCCAACUGUAAAGAGUCUGGUGGGAGGGGAUCUGGCGUGGGGAAGAAAAAGCAGCACAUCUGCCACAUCACAGGCUGUGGGAAAGUGUACGGAAAGACGUCACACCUGCGAGCACACCUGCGGUGGCAUUCCGGGGAGCGACCUUUUGUCUGCACCUGGAUGUACUGCGGGAAGAGGUUCACGCGCAGUGACGAGCUGCAGAGACAUAGAAGAACACACACAGGCGAGAAAAAGUUCGUAUGUCACGAAUGUUCCAAGCGCUUUAUGAGGAGCGACCACCUGGCUAAGCACAUCAAAACCCACCAGAACAAAAAAGGAGUGAACUCUGGGAGCGCCAUGGUAACGUCAGUGGAGUCGGCGGGGUCCUCAGACAGCCUCAUCACCACUCCGGGUGGGACCACCCUCAUCCUAACCAACAUCCAGCAGGGCUCCAACAACGCCCAGGACAUCUUGGCCAACGCAGAGAUCCCCCUGCAGCUCGUCACCACCUUAGCUGCCAGUGAAGUCAUGGAGUGA